CCCUAUGACCAGCUCAAAGCAAGCCAGCACAGCUCAAAGCCUCGUAUACAAGAGCUAGCUAGAAGCGAUCGUAUUAUUAAUCGAGCUCACUAGCACUAGCACUAGCACGAAACUUGAUGGAGCAGGUGACGAAGCUAGCGGGGCAACGGGCGGUGGUGAUCUUCGGCACGAGCUCCUGCUGCAUGUGCCAUACGGUGACGAGCCUCCUCCGAGAUCUCGGGGUGAACCCGAUGGUGGUGGAACUAGACGAGGACCCUAGGGGGAAGGAGAUGGAGAAGGCGCUGGUGCGGCUCCUCGGCCGGAACCCUGCUGUGCCGGCGGUGUUCAUCGGCGGCAGGCUCGUCGGAUGCACCGACAAGGUCAUGUCCCUUCAUCUCGGCGGCAAGCUUGUCCCACUGCUUCGUAAUGCUGGUGCUGUAUGGGUGUAGUGCAUGGGAGGAUUUUGUUGUAUAUAUUCGGCCUGAUGUAUUAGGCAUUUGGGCGCCAGAGAAUAAUGUAAUACACGUAUGGAAACCGUGCAGGUCUUUUUUACUGUACAGAUGGGAGUACAUGUUCCUGUCAAAGUGUUAAGCACUAUAAUUAGUGGUGUUUUAAAAAAAGCAUUAUUAUUA